CCCUCAUCUGGAUUAUGAUGUGUGUCUAUGUCUAGUAAUAUAAGAGCAGAGUUUUUUGAGCAGCGAGAUGAGCUCGGCAGCGAGGUUACAGACGCAGAUCUCCGCGAUCAUGGACGUGCUGGCGAAGGCGGCGGUGGCGGAGAUCAGUCAGCUGCUGGAGGAAGACGCUGCUGCUCUUCAUCAGGAGAUCCGGAGGAGGAACGAGGAGAUCCGGGCACUGAAGACGCGACUGCUGCUCACUGAGAGCGAACUACAGAGAGUCACUGCAGACAGAUGCUCCAUCGGAGUACAGGUGGAUAUCGUGGACACGAGUGAGCCUGCAGUCCUGCUGGCAGGUGUAUCGGCUCAUUCACGGCCUGAUGAUCACAGUCAGGAGAAGGUGGUUUCGGUCUGCCCGGUGAAGGAUCUCAUCACAGAAGAGAAGCCUUAUCAUUCCCAUGCGCUGGAGCUGAAGCGAGAAGAUCCCGUCACAUCCUUACCAGAGCCGGAGGAAGAGGAGCUCGGCGGCCUGGAGUUUGAGAUGAAGAUCGAACAGGUGGAGGAACUUGUGGAUCAGAAACUGAAUCAAGUUCAAGCAGAACAGAAGAACGAAACCCGUCGUGAAGACGGAAACUCGUGGCGUUCGAAAGCGUUCGACGAUCCGGAGAGUCUGAUAGAGCAACGAUCCCAGAUGCUUCCAGAUUCGAACGUGAUGAUGGAGGAUCCGGCGGCGCAGGCUUCAUCUGAUUUGUUCUUUUUCGGCUUUGGCGCUUCUGGAGACGUUGAGGACGGAUUGAAUCUUCCUCGACAGGAACGCUCAUCCAGAUCCGGCGACUCCGCGGCGUUCUCGUUCUCGCGGCCCAGACCGUUCCGCUGUGAGGAAUGCGGGAAGGGCUUCACGCAGCGGAUGCGUUUGAUCACGCACAGACGAGUGCAUACAGGCGAGAAACCCUUCCACUGUCAGUUGUGUGGGAAAACCUUCUCCAGACAGGACAACUGUCUCCGGCAUGUGCGCCUGCACAGUGUAUCGGCUCAUUCACGGCCUGAUGAUCACAGUCAGGAGAAGGUGGUUUCGGUCUGCCCGGUGAAGGAUCUCAUCACAGAAGAGAAGCCUUAUCAUUCCCAUGCGCUGGAGCUGAAGCGAGAAGAUCCCGUCACAUCCUUACCAGAGCCGGAGGAAGAGGAGCUCGGCGGCCUGGAGUUUGAGAUGAAGAUCGAACAGGUGGAGGAACUUGUGGAUCAGAAACUGAAUCAAGUUCAAGCAGAACAGAAGAACGAAACCCGUCGUGAAGACGGAAACUCGUGGCGUUCGAAAGCGUUCGACGAUCCGGAGAGUCUGAUAGAGCAACGAUCCCAGAUGCUUCCAGAUUCGAACGUGAUGAUGGAGGAUCCGGCGGCGCAGGCUUCAUCUGAUUUGUUCUUUUUCGGCUUUGGCGCUUCUGGAGACGUUGAGGACGGAUUGAAUCUUCCUCGACAGGAACGCUCAUCCAGAUCCGGCGACUCCGCGGCGUUCUCGUUCUCGCGGCCCAGACCGUUCCGCUGUGAGGAAUGCGGGAAGGGCUUCACACAGCGGAUGCGUUUGAUCACGCACAGACGAGUGCAUACAGGCGAGAAACCCUUCCACUGUCAGUUGUGUGGGAAAACCUUCUCCAGACAGGACAACUGUCUCCGGCAUGUGCGCCUGCAAAACCGCCGCGACGAUGGAAACUCUCAUCCGUGGAGUUCGAAGGUGCUUGACGAUCCGGAGGUCCGUCUGAUAGAGUCGGAACAGCAUUCCCAGACUUUUCCAGAUCCGUAUGUGAUGACGCAGGACCCGACGGCUCAGUCUGCAUCCGGUCUGUUCUCAUUCUCUCAGAACGAGAGCUUCGGCGCUUCUGAGUGCGGGUUGAAUCCUCAUUCGAGCUCAGGUCUGGCCAAAACACAUCCGCGGCCCAAACCGUUCCGCUGCGAGGAGUGCGGGAAGGGCUUCACGCAGCGGACGCGUCUGAUCACGCACAGACGAGUGCAUACAGGCGAGAAACCCUUCUGCGGUCAGGUGUGUGGGAAAACCUUCUCCAGACAGGACAACUGUCUCCGGCAUGUGCGCCUGCACAGCUGA